AUGAAGCUACAUCACCUACCAAGUGAGUUGCUAUUGAGCAUAGCAGAAUAUCUUGGGCAAUCCGACUUGAACAACCUGGUCCAAACCAACCUCCAUCUCCGGGAUCUUCUGGAAAGCCACCUUUAUCGACACAAUGUCCGAUAUGUCCACAGCAGUGCUUUGAUAUUUGCCGCGAUUUCGGGACAAGAAAAUGUUGCCCGGAAAGCUCUCAGAGAGAAUGCCAACGUCAAGGGAAUUGAUUCAAUCACGCCUCUAUUUGAGGCCGUGAGCAAUCGCCACUUGGGAAUGGUUAAGCUUUUGGUUGAAUCCGGAGCUCCCAUCGACCGGUUGGUGGAUGUAGAGACAUUUCAUACUGGGACUUGGCCUGCGUAUUUGGGUUAUGGAUUGCGUGGAUAUGCCGAUACUGCACUCACCAAGGCUACUUCGCUAAGCCACCUGGGUAUAAUGAAGCUCUUACUCAACCAUGGGGCUAAUGUCGAUGGCACGAACGACUUUGGUUGGACGCCACUGCCCUGGGCGGCAUUUGGAUGUGAGAGAAUAUUCAAGCUCCUCCUUGAGAGUGGAGCGGAAAUCAACAUUGGAGGUCAUCGACAGUAUAACCCGCUAUCACAAUCGAUUUGUGGCAGCAGCAGAGCAAUCUUCAAUCUACUGCUAGAUCGAAAUCCUGAUCUUGAUCGUUAUGGUGGAUCGUAUUUCACUAAAGGACAAACACCUCUGUGGACAGCUCUCAGCCAACGAUACUAUGAGACUAUCGGAAUACUUCUAGAUGAAGGCGCCAAUCCGAACCUCCCAGAUAUUGACCGUGGAAGGACAGUUCUUUGGAUGGCCGUGGUGCGAGGACAUGAGGAAGUUACCAGGGCUUUACUUGCUCGAGGUGCGGAUCCCAAUAUCGCCCCAGGUGGCCAGACACCACUUUUGCAGCGGUUCAGCUGGGAAAUGAGUCCGCUGCAAAGAGUCUACUAG